AUGACAGUUAAAACUCCCGAAACCGGAGUCCCAGACGGUGAAGUUUAUCAAUAUGAGGCGUGUAUGGCUGGUUGUAUGGAUUUACCAGGUAGAGGAAAGGACAAAAUUGCACUGUUAUACGUACAGUCUGAUAAGUUGUAUACGUUUGGAUCCCGGUACGAGAAUGCUAAAGAAGUGUUGGAGGCGCUCGGUUCAGAUAUCACGUCCGAUAUAGCGGAGUCUGAUUGGACCGAUGUUGAUCUGUCCAAUGGCUAUUACCCCGGAUGGGAUGAUGAUGAAGUUAUAAAUAACGACAAUGCCACCACAGUGCAAACCAACUCCCACACUGUCUACCCUACUUUGGGCCCACAAUAUUACCUAGGAUAUAUCGAUGGUUGUCUUCGAUGA